AUGGAUUCAGAGUUUAGUGUUGAUGGUGUGAAAAUGUGGUGGAAACAAGAAGGUGGUAGUAUGGAGAAAUAUCUAAAACCAUUUAGAAAUGACGAGGAUGCGUCAAUGCUAUCUUUGUUUGCCGAGAAGAAUGAGUAUGAAGUUGAAAUAUAUAUUAAGUUUGAAGAUAAUGAAGAAGAGAGAAUGCAUGAUUUUGAUGAAGACUUUGGUGAAGGAGUUGAUGAAGGGAUGGAUGAAGUCGAUAAUGGAAGGGAUGAUGUUGAUGGUGCUGCACACAUACAACAAACCUUCAUUAGUUUUUUAACACCAGAAAUGGAAAAGGAGUAUGUCAUAGAAGAAAACUACAUGACUGGUGAACUUGAUAGUGGAGCAGAUGAAGAUAAUUGUGAUGACACGCUUGUAUUGAUUAGGUUUAAUGAAGAAGAACCAAUGACAAAGGAAUUCACAUUCAAGGUUGGUAUGAAGUUUUCCUCUCUGAAGAAAUUCAAGAAAGAUAUAUUAGAGUACAAGGUUUUUAAUGGUAGGGAGGUGAUAUUUUCCAAAAGUGAUGCCUCGAUGUGA